AUAUAAGUUCGACAUCGUGGUUGGCUUUGAUUCUUUCUUUUUCUGCCGCAUUCAUGUACAUUGAAUCCGUUUUCUAUAAAGUUAAUAAUUUAUAUAUCGUUAUUAUAAAGCUCUAUAACUGAGUGUAAUAAACUUAGAUCUCUAAGGUUUUUAGUUGUUAUACACGGUUGUUAAAAACACCAUCAAAAUGUUUUGGGGACUUAUUAUGGAGCCGAAUAAACGGUACGCUCAGGUAGUAGAGAAGCCAUUCCACAUUUCGCAAGCAGCAAUAGACAUCUCUACAGGAGAUAAUGACGCUUGCCAGGUGAUGGUGGUUGUGGAUGGCAAAAACUUCCUUAUCUGUACAUUGCAAAAGAACAAAUGCAUUCAAGUACCUUUGGACCUGUAUUUCAAAACUGGAGAUUCUGUUGCAUUUCUUACUAAUGGUAAAUGUAAUGUCCAUUUAACUGGUUAUUUGGACCCUGAGUUUGAGGAAGAAGCAUCUGAUGAAGAAGAAGAAGAAGAGGAGGAUGAGGAGGAAGUACCAGCAUUAGUGAACACAAAGAAUAAGAGGAAACUUGAGAACAGCAAUGAGGUGCAAGUCAGCAAGAAAGUUAAGCAAGACAAGAAAGUAGCCAAAAAGGUGGCCAAGGCAGAUAGUUCUGAUUCAGACUCUGAUGAUGAAGACCAGCUUCAGAAAUUCCUGGAGGGUGAAGACAUUGACACAGAUGAGAAUGAUGAGUCAUUCAAAGUGAAUACAUCUGGUGAAGUCAGUGACAGUGAUGAGGAAGAUGAUGAUGAAGAGGCAGAGGAAGAAGAAGAAGAGGACGAUGAAGAUGACGAUAAUAAGAUGGAAACAUCGGGAGAAGCAGAGACCACCCUCGACACCAGCAAGGAAGAAAAUGGAGUGGACAUAUCUAAACUGACAAAGAGUCAACGGCGUCGUCUCAAAAAGAAACAGAAAUUGGCCGGUCAACAACCACAAGUCAAUGGAAUUGAUAAGUCUAAGAAACAGGAGGCUCCACAAAAAGCUGAGAAAAAGAAACAGGAGGCCAAAAAAGUGAACCAAGAGGAAGCAGGGGAGAAGAAAGAAAAGAAAUCUCUAAGUGGUGGAGUAUUUGUUGAAGAUACUAAAGUUGGAAAUGGGCCACCUGCCAAGCCUGGCAAAGUUGUAAUGGUAUACUAUGAGGGGCGUUUGAAACAAAACAACAAAAUGUUCGACAAUUGCCUGAAAGGCCCUGGUUUCAAGUUCAAACUGGGCGCGAAAGAAGUGAUCGCGGGCUGGGAUGUCGGCAUCACGGGUAUGAAGGUUGGAGGCAAAAGGAGAAUCGUAUGCCCACCUGCAAUGGCUUAUGGAGCAAAAGGUUCACCACCAGUAAUUCCACCGAAUUCAACUUUAGUAUUUGAUGUUGAGCUCAAGAAUGUUAAAUGAUGUGCUAAAUAAAUAUGAAUCUACACCAGUGUGUCAUGAACAUUUGUUGUUUUCAGUUGAAAUGAAUAUUGUUGAAUGUUUGCCACUGUAUGAGGAAUGCAGAGUAGAAAAUCUAUUCAUGUCAAAUUGAUACAUCUGCAAUUAAAUUUGUCACUCAUCAUUACUCUUACAUUAUUCCUAUAUUAAUUAUUUAUUGCAGAUGUUUCAUAUUUGUCUUUUACUUAAGUUCUAUAUAAGCUAGAUUGUAAGAGUCAAACUGGAGUUUAUUAUUAAGAAUAAAAUUUCUGACUAUGAUUAUAUUGCAAAUAUAGAAUAAAGUGUUUUACUGGCCAAUACUUUUUAUGUCAGCUUCAGGAAGUGCUAUAUUGAUUUAGCAAAAAUCGUAUUUCGAAUAUGUACUAUGAAUCUAGGUAACUUGUAUGAACGCCGCCUACUGGCAUCUACUAUUUUAAUAACGGCAAUUGAUUUUCUAUGAUUAAAUUUGCCCUAUAACUUGUGAAACAGCUUAUGUAUUGUAUGAGUUUGACUAUGUAUAAUAUAUUUGUAAUAAAGCCGCCUGGCUGGUGCAGUCAGCUAUAUAGAUUUGUUAAGGUAUAGGGUGAAUAAUAAUGUAUGAAGAAUAUUUUAAUUUCGUCUCUUAAUACAAUGGUAUCACUGUGGUUAUCACCUAUAUAUAAAGCGCACAUAGAUAGUUAAUGUAAAUAAUGAUGAUUAAGUGUUCCUUAAGAUUAUUUUUAUACUUGACCAGCUGUUUCCCGUGACUUCGUAAUUUUACUUAUUUUUUUUAUUAAAUUAAAUAAAUUUCUAAAAGAAAAGUAACCUAAGUUCCUCUUUAUAACAUUAGCAAUCUGAGAGUGAAGUCCGUUAAAAGACAUAGUAUUUUUUUUAUUUUACGUUUAUUUUAUUUAAAUUAAUUAGCUUAAGUUUCUCUUUAUAACAUUAGCUAUCUGCGAGUGAAGUCCCGUCUAAAGACAAAGUAUUUAAUUUUUUUUUAUUGAUGUUAUAUGAAAGUAUAUAUCAUAUGCAUUUAGUGAAAAUUUGAGCUGUUAAUUUUAAAUUUUAAACAGAUAGUGUAUUUAUUUGUAAGAAUUAUGAUUAUACUUGACCAUGACCAUCUUUGACGGCGAUGUAAAGCUGACUGUACCAUGAAUAUACUUUUAAGUUUUAUUAGCCAUUUCAAAAUUAAUGUCAUUAAUUAAGUGAUCAUUCGUUAUAUUAUAUUUUUGAACUCA